AUGUUCAGCGGUCGCAAGUUUUCCUUCAACCGCCAUACGGGCGCUCCCAAGCCCAUGGCCAGACGCUUCUCCAACGCUGAGCCUGGCUCAAACGAGGUCCAGUCCAAAGUCCAUCGUCAGUUCCGUAAUGCCCACGAAGGCCACAUGCCCCAUGCCGGCCUCGACGCCAGCCGUGCCUCCACCGGUGUUGUCUGGUGCACUGAGCGCGCCUGCGAGUAUGGCUUCACGGAACACCCCGAAGAAUGGGCCAACCUUGGUCAGGGUGCCCCAGAAGUCGAAGACGACAUUGCCGGCUGUUUCCCUCGACCCAACACGAUUGACAUUUCCAUGGCUGCCCGCGAGUACGGCCCCACCGCCGGCAUCAAGCCCCUCCGCGAGGCCGUCGCCAACCUCUACAACGAGGCGCACCGCAAAGGCAAGGAUAGCCAGUAUACCUGGGAGAACGUUGCCAUUGUCCCCGGUGGCCGCGCCGGUCUGAUCCGUAUCGCCGCCGUUCUCGGCACCUCGUAUCUGUCCUUUUUCUUGCCCGACUACACGGCCUACAAUGAAAUGCUGAGCCUGUUCAAGAACUUUGCUGCCAUUCCUGUUCCCCUCUCCGAAGAGGAUGGCUACCAUAUCCAUCCUGACAAGAUUGCCGAGGAAAUCUCCCGCGGUACCUCUGUCAUCCUCACCUCGAACCCUCGAAACCCUACCGGCCGUGUCGUUGCCAACCCCGAACUUGCCGAGAUUCAGGAUAUUUGCCGUGGCCGCGCCACUUUUAUUAGCGACGAGUUCUACUCUGGUUACAACUACACUAGCAACUGCGACGGCACUACCAUUUCUGCCGCCGAGAACGUCGAGGAUGUCGACGAGGACGACGUCCUGAUCAUUGACGGUCUUACCAAGCGAUUCAGACUCCCCGGUUGGAGAAUUGCCUGGAUUAUUGGUCCCAAGGAAUACAUUAGCGCUAUUGGCUCUUGCGGUAGCUAUCUUGAUGGUGGUGCCAACCACGCUUUCCAGGAGGCUGCCGUGCAGUUCCUUGAGCCCAAGCUUGUCCAGGAGGAAAUGAUUCACCUGCAGCGCCACUUCCGCGACAAGCGCGACUUUGUCGUCAAGCGCCUCCGCGAGAUGGGAUUCGUCAUCAAAUACGUUCCCGACUCUACCUUCUACCUCUGGCUGAAUCUGGAGGGUCUUCCCGACGCCAUCUCCGACGGCCUCAACUUCUUCCAAGCCUGCUUGGAAGAAAAGGUUAUUGUCGUGCCCGGCAUCUUCUUCGAUCUGAACCCCUCGCGCCGUCGUGACCUGUUCGACUCGCCGUGCCACCACUUUGUGCGCUUCUCGUACGGUCCCAGAAUGGACGUACUGACCAAGGGCCUCGACCGCAUCGAAACAGUCGUCAACAAGUUCAAGAAGCAGGCCACCUCGUCUUAG